AUGGGGGACGUGCAUAACAGGAGGAGCUCUCCCUUCCCAUCGCCAUCGGAAACAGUAUCGUCCCAAACCGUGCCACGACCUCCCCUCACACAGCCCCCGCGGUCACCGAAUUAUUCGCCCCUGGAUCAUGAUUCUUCAGGUGGAUCGAAGGAUGGACCGUCUCUCGGAGCAGAUGGGUUAGCGAAACAGACGGCCCGCCAACCUCGUUUUUCGCGAGGCGAUUCUGCGGACCAGGUUGCCGGCCUAACACCAAUUACAGAGGACACUCGAUCUGUCGGCGAGCAGCAGGAGGACCAGGGCCGGAGUUCACAGACUCUGAAGGACAACAACAGGCACCAGCUCAAAUCUCACCCGGACAGUCAAACGAGCCUCCUAAAGAAACGACGCUUGUCCACAUCAUCCGCGACCGACCUUCCUGAUACGAUCGCCUGCCCUUCAUCCAGCUCACUGGGCUCUGGGGGGACAAUCAAAGCCCCCUCCCCGAACCAGAACAUCGUCCAAACGCCUUGUUACCCCUUCCCCAGAGUACAAGAUUCUAUGAAACCCAGCUCGGAGCAAGCGGCGCGCGAGGCCCAAUUUCGAUUGAAACUUCCAUCCGAGAAGCUAAAUUCCCUAGGACCUCAAUCGUCGGAGGAAAAACCCACCCCUUCACAAGACCCGUUUAAAGCACCAAACUUUUUGCCAGACCUAAAUAACCCCAUCCCUGAGGAUCCUGACUUUGCGACCCCCAAUCUGUACGAUCUGACAUUGCAGUUAAAUGCGGACGCGGGACUGGAUGGAUGGUGGUCGAACCUCAUUGAUAUCCUGCAAACAAAUUACGGGGCCGAGCGGAUAUCACUUGCUGUCCCUGGUGAUGCGACAGAUCUAGAGAACGUGCCAUGGGGCCAAAAAGCGAUUUUCAACCAAUAUGGAAGUUCAUCAGAUGACGGCCUUACGACAUUCAUUCAUGACGAUGGACCACCGGACACCCCUAUUGUAAGGACUUUGAGCAAUGGGGCAAAAUCGGUACCGGGAGAAGUGUCGACCACCCUCUCCAACCCGUCUGGAAAGACUCCAACUCGCCCACCAUUGACUUCCCGCCACUCUUUUGCUGGGUUUGGUCAUGCUAAAAAGCAGCCUUUGAACUCAGAGCCAUCCCCGCAAUUAGCGAAGUCCAACAGCAUCAAAUCGGUCAAAAAACAAGCCCGUAUUGAGGAGGAGCUAUCUACUGAGACUAGGCCACCUUCAGGUACUCGAGAGAUCUCUCAAACCCAGGAUGCUGCGAGUAACUUGAUUCCCAUGCGACAUGCGGUUUUUCCUGUGGCAAGGCCAUUGGAAGUGGAGUCAGAUCCUCUCAUCAAACGUACUGGUGUAGUGAAGCUUUUUGGCCGAAUAGGCCCUGUCAUUCUCACACGGGAAUAUUCAGAUACCUCCUCGGUUCCUGCAUACAAGAAUAUAGCUCGCAGCCCACUAGAGACAGUUCAAGUCACGCCAGAUAAUGAAGCACCUAAAGCGCACGCAACUGCUCCGCAACCAGCCCCCACCGCUUGUCUUCCAACCUUUGGGCUACGGCAGUAUGAUGAAUAUGAGCAAAACCCGCAGUCACCAUGGUCUCAAUCUCCUGCGCCUUCGCCAGCCCCUCGCACACAUGCCGACCAAAAUCCAUUUUUCACCUGUCAUACGGUUGAUGAGGGUGCAUUUGAGAAGGAUCCACCUGCUCACGAUUACUCCAACACACGACCAUUGGAGGCUAUUGGAGUGGAUCACUCCAAAACUGUGAUUCACAUUCCCCUAUUACACCGAGGUCGCUACCAUCAACCUUCCUCAUCAACAUUAAGGUUUCCGGUCGCCGUUAUCUCACUGCUAUCCACAAUUGUCCCUUAUCCCGCCAACCUUCGUAGGUCCCUUCUGGAAUUGAUGCCUCAUUUGACCACCUCAUUCUGCUUGGCUCAACAGUAUAGUCAGCUUGAGCGUCAAUCGAUGACCAAGGUGGAAACACCGCGUUAUGGCCAUAUUCUAGGACUUGGUGGCACCUUCUCCGAUGCGAGCAGCGAGCUGGAACUUGUUGCAGGAUUAAGCGGUCAUGUUAGCUAUUCUGUUGGAGACGAAGGUUCUGUAUCGACCAGAGCUAGUGUUGCAAGCCCCAGUGACCGCUCAUCUACGAAGUUUAGCCCUGCAAUCUCAAGCUUUGGGACACCUGGAUUUGAAUUUGGUCAUCCAGGAAUGGGAUCAGCGGGCCUCUCCCCGGCAAUCACAGGGCGCGACCUGAUCGGAGACAGCUAUUUCACCGCUCAGCACCCGAGGCAUCCACGCGAAAAUGGUACUCAACUUCGACAACGGCCGCCAAAGACGAAGAUGAAACUCGCCGACUCCCCGCCUAGUUCCCCUGGAAAAGUGACUGCCAACGUUUACAGAAUCGAAGAGGGCAAUUUCCAAGAUCCAAGCCCGGCCACCGCAUCCCAAUCGCAAGAUAUGAGGCCACCGUCACUUGUGUCCCCAACGCAAACAUCGUCACGUCAGGCAUCAACCCAUUCGUUUUACGCUCAACUUCAACGCGAAAUACCCCGUCCGUUCUCCGACACCAUUGCACGAUUAAUGCUCGAUUCGAUUCCUCUUCACCUUUUCCUCGCUAGACCCCAGAGCGGUGAAAUGAUAUGGACGAACACCAAGUUUGAUGCUUAUCGGAGGAGCAAACCCCAGGAACAAAGGUUGCGAGACCCUUGGCAGAAUAUCCACAGCAGUGAACGAGAUCAUGUUUCCAGUGAGUGGGAAAACGCCUUGCGAACAGGCUCUCAGUUCACGGAAAGAGUACGUGUGAGGCGAUACAAUGACGAGAGUGCUUAUCGCUGGUUCAUUUUCCGAGCAAAUCCGUUGUUGUCAGGAACUGGAGAGGUCCUUUACUGGAUUGGAUCUUUUCUCGACAUCCACGAACAGCAUAUUGCUGAGCUUAAAGCUACCCAGGAGAGGGAGAAGUUUGCGACCGAUGCCAAAUACCGGGCAUUUUCGAACUCAAUCCCCCAGGUCGUGUUUGAGGCAACUGAGAACAGGGGCCUGAUAUUUGUCAAUGAGCAAUGGAAUUUGUACACCGGACAAGAGCUCAAGGAGGCCCUCGACCUCGGAUUUGCCAAACAUGUUCAUCCAGAUGAUCUAGAGAAAUGUGGCGGACUGCACUCUACCACGAAACUCGAAACAAAGAAAUUCACGGAGGAAGCAAGCGGCGGAGAAUCUUCGGAAAUACACGGUGUUUCAUCUGCAUUAGACGAACUUGUGAGGCGUGGCGUUGCAUCUUUGCAGAAAGAUGAAAAUGGACGUGUCUUUUACUCCACAGAAAUUCGCCUUCGCUCCCGAGGAGGAGAUUUCCGUUGGCAUUUGGUACGCUUGGUUCUUGUCGAGACGAGCAGCUUUGGCAGCGAAGAAGCUUCGUGGUACGGAACUUGUACCGACAUCAAUGACCGCAAAAACCUGGAGCGUCAACUGAAUAAGACAAUGGAAUCAAAAACAAAGUUCUUCAGCAACAUGUCGCAUGAGAUCAGAACUCCACUGAACGGAAUACUUGGCACCAUCCCAUUUAUCCUUGACACACAGUUAGACAGUGAUCAGAGGAGAAUGCUGGAUACCAUUCAGAACAGCUCUACCAAUCUCCGCGAACUGGUGGACAAUAUUUUGGAUGUCUCUCGUGUCGAGGCUGGCAAAAUGACGUUGGUCAGCGAUUGGUUCCAUGUCCGAUCCAUGAUCGAGGACGUGAUUGACACUAUUGCUUCCCGAGCCAUCGAUAAAGGCCUCGAGAUCAACUAUCUAAUUGCUCAAGAUGUGCCCUCAAUGGUUAUAGGUGAUCGAUUCCGGAUUCGUCAGAUCCUCAUCAACCUUGUUGGUAAUGCUGUCAAAUUCACUGCUCAGGGUGAAAUCUACAUAUCCUGUAAUCUCAGCCUCGACAAGUCUUCCGGCCUCAAGAAUACGGAGACUUUCUUGAAAUUUGAUGUUGUUGAUACUGGCAAAGGCUUCAGCAGAACCGAUGCGGACCGUCUCAUGCAACGAUUUAGUCAAUUGGGAGAAAAUGGGUCGCAGCAAAAUGCAGGAAGUGGACUCGGAUUGUUUCUCUCCAAGCAACUCGUUGAAAUGCAUGGUGGCAGCCUAACUCCCAGCAGCUUGGAGGGCAAAGGAGCCAAGUUCUCCUUCAACGUCAAGGUCGAUGCUCCUGCGCCUCCAUCUCCAUCUGAGAGACCCAACUUACUUCGCCAAGCCUCAACUGCCUCUAGAAGGCCAAUCAAAUCUAGGACAACCUCUUACGAUCAAUAUUCACUGUCCCGACUCUCACAAUCGGAUCUCAAAUUACCAGAUCUUUCCCCCAUUUCACCUGGGAUCGAAUCUCCCGCCUCACAGACUCAUUCGCCUACUUUGAGCAACGCCGGAACGGCUUCGGACACGAAGGGCCUGAACUUGUCAUCGUCAACAUAUACUGGUCCUCCAACUCCUGAUUUUUCUACUGCACAUUCGCCACCGUUAGGCAUUGCCAAAACCGACGGACCUUCAAGUGCAAUUCUGCCGAAAUCUGGAAAUUCCGUUCCUAGUCCUCCAAUUCAGUUGACUCCACCACCGACUGAGGCUACAGUGUCUCUGAAUGGUCCCCUCUCGAUUUUCAUCCUGUGCCCCCUUGACAAUACGCGGCAAUCUACAAAGCAACACAUCCAACAGGUCGUUCCCCAUGAGAUCCCUUUCAAUAUCACUACUCUGCCUGAUGUUGAUGAGUGGAAGGACAUGACACAAUCAGGCUCUAAUACGCACUGCACUCAUCUCGUUCUUAACCUGCCUGCAACUGAUGACAUUCUGGAGGUAAUCCAGCACGUGUCCGAGUCUGAUCCCAAGACUGCCCCGGUGGUUGUCAUCAUCUCGGAUUUGUAUCAAAAGCGUCAGAUAAGUUCAAGGGUCAAAGAUUUGGCUACAUCCGGAAAGAAGGUUUUCAUUGUGCCAAAGCCUGUGAAACCUUCUGCUUUCUCGACAAUCUUUGAUCCCGAGAGCAAGCGCGAGUUGAGCAAGGAUCGCAACCAGGAUAUGGCUCGUGAGAUCAGUAACGACUUCAAGUCCGUCUCCAAGAUGGUCAAGGAACAGCUGGGGAACAAGGGAUAUCGUAUCUUACUUGUGGAAGAUGACGAGACAAAUCGUGAUGUCAUGUUGAAGUACCUUGACAAGAUUAAGCUGAUGUCAGAGACUGCAUCCAAUGGCCAGGAGGCCAUCGAUAUGGUCUUUACCAAAGAACCGGGCUACUUCUCGCUCAUUAUUUGUGAUAUCCAAAUGCCGAUCAAGAACGGAUACGACACUUGUCGAGAUAUCCGUGCCUGGGAACAGAAGAACCAUUAUCCUCAGAUUCCGAUCAUGGCUCUGUCAGCCAAUGCGAUGAAAGAACAGAUCGAGAAUGCCGCACGGGCUGGCUUCAAUGACUAUGUCACCAAGCCCAUCAGACACAACGAAUUGGGCAAAAUGAUGAUGGGGCUUCUGAACAGUCAUCAGCCCCUUCUACUUCUUCGAGAUCGUUUGCAGCCCGGCAACCCGCAAACCACCAUUCGCCGGUAG